GGGUGGAGGAGGAGGUGGGAUGUUGGCUGGAAGUGUUACAGCCAAAUAGUUUGAGUAGACACUCUUUUGCUUCCUGCCCGCCCGCCUGCCUCGCUCGCUUUGCUCUGCGGCUGAGAGAGAGACGCUGAGAGAGAAAAUCCCUGUCUAGGCAUGGACCUCUGGCUGCGGUGCUCGGCGGCUCGCGAGGAAUGACAACAGCUCACAUGGUCAUUAACUCCUCUCGCUGGGGCUGAAGGGAGAACCGCACUGGAGCCAACGGGUGCCUCCUGUGUUUGGGACUAAGACAGAAGCACACAGCGGCGCUCCAGGAAACGGAUAAACCGAGAUCAGACAGAAAGUGCCUUUUGAGUUAACAUCCCUACUUGAAGACUUGGUCCGAAGAGCUCCGGAUAUUCCUCUGUGGUCUCUGCCGGUCACAGCUUCAAAUCCCACCUGGUUUGUCCUCGUCUGCGCUUUUUGUGCGAGUUAAAGCUGAUGCCGAACCUCUUCGCCGCUGGCCAGGGUGCCAAAGCUUAAAGGCGCUUCGAAGGGAAGAGCUCCACACCUUUGUGCUGUCCUAAAAUGUGCCAUUGUACCUGAAAAUAGGGCCACCUUUGCUCCCCAAACACCCACCCAACCCACCCCCUUCAAAAGAGGUCAUUACUCAUAAAAAGGACAUUUUGGGGACAGUGGUGUGACUAAGACAAGCAUGACCUCUCUGCCUCGCCAGAGGUCUGCUCUUGAGAUUUACUGAUUGAUGAUGAUUGAUGAAUGUGCUUGACUGACAAACUUUCACAACACAGUUGUUCAUCCCAUGCUCAGGUUUCUCCACCAGAUUUCCUGUCUUUUUUUUUUAUUUUGUCCUCAAGGACAAGGCACUUCCGCUGACCUGAGGCAGAGUAUUUUUAGCUGCAUGUUCCACUGGUUUUACUUUUGAUUUCACGUGUUUUUAACCCGGAGCUCUUUGUCGAGGCACCUCCUCCUUCCCGAACCGAGCGGCUCCCUCUCCUUCCUCCAGCCCCGUGGCCAUCAGACCCCCUUCGACAUGGCUCUAAACAUAGCCUCGAUACGGGACACAAAAUGGCUGACCCUGGAAGUGUGCCGACAGUUUCAGCGAGGGACGUGUUCGCGCAGUGACGAGGAAUGCAAAUUCGCCCACCCACCCAAAAGCUGCCAGGUGGAGAACGGGAGAGUGAUCGCCUGCUUUGACUCGCUAAAGGGACGCUGCACGCGAGAGAACUGCAAAUACCUCCACCCACCGGCUCACCUGAAGACCCAGCUGGAGAUUAAUGGCCGGAACAACCUGAUCCAGCAGAAGACGGCAGCCGCCAUGUUGGCUCAGCAGAUGCAGUUCAUGAUCCCUGGAACAACCAUGCAGCCCGUGGUCUGCCGUGAGUUCCAGCGGGGCAACUGCGCCCGCGGCGAGACGGACUGCCGCUUCGCCCACCCGAGCGACAGCCCCAUGAUCGACACCAGCGACAACACGGUCACCGUGUGCAUGGACUACAUCAAGAGCCGCUGCUCCCGUGAGAAGUGCAAGUACUUCCACCCCCCGGCCCACCUGCAGGCCAAGAUCAAGGCRGCCCAGCACCAGGCCAACCAGACGGCCGUGGCUGCACAAGCUGCAGCCACGGCUGCAGCCAUGGCGUUCCCCCACGGCGUCCUCCAGCCGCUACCAAAGAGACCAGCACUUGAGAAGAGCAACGGAGCCASUUCUCUGUUCAACCCCAGUGUUUUGCACUACCAGCAGGCGCUGGCCAACGCACAGCUCCAGCAGCCCGCUUUCUUUCCCACAGGGUCAGUGUUGUGCAUGACCCCUGCUAGCAGUCUUGUCCCAAUGAUGUACAGUGCUACGCCUGCUACUGUCUCUGCAGCAACAACUCCUGCCACAAGUGUCCCCUACGCAGCAACAGCACCAGCCAAUCAGAUCAUCCUGAAGUGAGCAUCACCAGGGAAACGGAGUGUCAUGAAGCUGCACUAGGAAGCCCAAAACAGCCCCUCUGUAAAUACUACCUUGCCUCUCCCUUAG